UCCACUUCCUCUUGUUUUCUGAUUCCAAUCGCAGCCCUUUUUCUUCAGAAUCAAGUUUUUCUUUUUCAUUCCCGUCUCUCACCCCAUCUUAAUCUUGGUUGCAGGUAUAAAUCGAAUAACAGGGAAAAGACAGGGAACUGGGAAUUCUUCCUUUUCUCUGCGCGAUUUACGUAUUACAGUAGAGUGCUGGCUUGGUGGUGGUCGAAAGUGGCGUUUUACAGGUGGAUGAAGGCAGUUGUGGUGGUGAACAGGGGCUGAUGGUAAGAAAGGCAGUGGUGGUGCAGUGCUUUCGAGCUGUGGUGCCACAUGAUGUGUGUAUGAGAAGGUUUCCAGGGUAUUAUUGUAAACUUAUCAGCGUAUGAGACGAUUCUCUUCCCUCCAAAAGAUAAGUCCUUGACUUCUUUUCUUUUCUAUCCGACUCACUCAAAAAAAAAAAAAAAAAAAAUCUUGGAAACCCUAGGCAUCUACUAUAUAGUCCAUCUUGUCUUGUUUCCUUAUACAUUAAUUGGGAUGAUCCUGAAUGGAAGUAGUUUUUGGUACUUAUAUAUGGCCAUUUGAAUUUUUUGCCAUUUUGUGUUUGCCAUCGUGUGUUGUGUAGCUUGGCCAUAAUGCUGCAUUAAUUAAUUAGACAUUGCUUUUAAAUUGAAGAAGAUGGUGGAUAUGUUUUAUAUAUAUGUCACAGUGAACUGUGAACUGAAUAUAUAAUCAGAGUUGAAUAGAACAUUAAGAUUGGAGUUCCGUAAUUACUUAGAUUCAAUGAAGAUGAUUUUCAGUCAAAGUUCAGUGCGAUUGUUCAGUAUCCUCCUUGUGUUAACAAUAAUUUUCUCUUGGGCAGCAGAACUUCCUCCUGAUGAAGGCAAUUCUUUUGUUCUAUGUUUCUUUUCUUUUCUUUUUCAAGAUUCGAUAUAUAUAUAUAUAUAUAUAUAUAUAUAUAUAUAUAUAUAUAUAUAUAUAUAUAUAUAUAUAUAUAUCAACUGUUUACCUUCUUAUGGGUGAGUGAGGAAGUGGGGGAGAGGAUUUGUCAAUAUAGUCUCAUUAGCACUUUUGUAAAAGGAUUUGUGAUUAUAGUCUCACUAGCUACAUGAAGAGAUGGAAAAAGAGACUGGGAUUUUAGGUUAAAUCCAUGCGAUGGAAAUCCUAACUGGGCAACGCCAGCCCGGAGUGCAAUGCCUCAGUAUAACAACAGUACUCUUGUGUGUGAUUGCUCCUACCCUGGCAAUGUUUGUCAUGUUGUUGCGAUAUAUCUCAAGGGACAGGAUCUUGAUGGUGUUCUCCCACCAUCUCUGGCAAAGUUACCUUACGUCAAAAAAGUCGAAUUUAGUCGGAAUUAGCUAAGUGGCAGCAUACCACCUGAAUGGGCUUCUACCAGGCUAGAGAAGAUGGACCUACUGGUGAAUCGCUUGUCAGGAAGAAUUCCAUCGUUUUUGGGAAACUUAACCUCACUUGUAGAUUUGAGUCUGGAGAACAACAUGUUUUCUGGAACUGUUCCAGCUGAGCUUGGGAAAUUAGUAAAUUUAAAAACGCUGGUCCUGAGUGCCAAUAAUCCCUCUGGUGAGCUGCCGUUGGAGCUGAAUGGUCUGACCAAUUUGACAGAACUCAAGCUAAGUAGCAACAACUUCACUGGGAAAAUUCCAAGCCUUGGAACCUGGAUACAACUUCGGAAACUAGAAAUCCAAGGGAGUGGUCUAGAAGGACCAAUACCUGCAAGCAUCUCCCUCUUGAAAAAUUUGACACAACUAAGCAUCAGUGAUUUGGAUGGAAAUAGUUCGCAGUACUUUCCAGACCUAAGCAACAUAACAGGCAUGGAGCUACUGAUAUUCAGAAGUUGUAGACUAACUGGCAGCAUUCCAAAUUUUUUGUCAGAAAUGUCAAAACUGAGGCAUCUAGACCUCAGUUUCAACAACUUGGAGGGAGAUAUACCAGAUUUGAAAGAAUUAGAUCUGGAGAAAAUGUACUUGACUGGCAACUCCCUGAACGGAAGUAUUCCUGCAUGGAUCAAUGGUGGAGAUACUGCACACAAGAUCGAUCUUUCCUACAAUAAAUUCAACGAAGAAAGUGUGCCCUCAUAUUGUCGUGAAACACUGAACUUAUUCAGAAGCUACGUUCCUGCAAGCAACUCAGAGCUUGGGAAGUGCCUUAGCAAGUUUCCCUGUCUAAGGGAGUACUCCUCAAUUCGCAUUAAUUGUGGGGGACCUAAAGUGACCAUUGGAAACUUGACAUAUGAAGCCGAUGAGGAUUCAGGUGGAGCAGCUAAGUUUGAUCCCACAAGCGGCUUUUGGGGGACAAGUAGCACUGGCAAUGCGUUGGGUGGUAAUCAUAGAUUAUCCAACUAUGUAGCCACCAAUGUAUCUGCGCUGACUAUUAAUGAUAGUCAACUGUACACUACAGCUCGCCUCUCUCCACUAUCCAUCACUUACUAUGGUCGAUGUUUACCAAAUGGGAACUUUACGGUGACUCUGCAUUUUGCAGAGAUAGUUUUCAGAGAUAAUAUGUCUUUUCAGAGUCUUGGAAGGCGUUCGUUUGAUGUAUAUAUCCAGGGUGUGUGUAUAUUCAAGAAUUUUGACAUCAGGAAGGAAGCUGGCGGGGUGGAUAGAGCUGUAAUAAAAGAAAUAAAAAAUGUUGUUGUAACCAACACAACAUUAGAAAUCCGUUUCCAGUAUGCUGGGAAAGGCACAACAGCAGUCCCGAGUAGAGGAUCUUAUGGUCCUCUAAUAUCAGCCAUUUCUAUGGUGUCUGAUAUUAGUCCUCCAAUCAGUGACAAGAGCAUAAAAACUAUUGUCAUUGUGGCGGUGGCUGGGAUUGUGUGCCUCAUCUUCAUCAUAUUUGGUGUUGAAAGGUUGGCAUUUUAUAUGCAAGAGCGCUUGAGGUGGGAAAGAGAUCUGAGAGGAUUCAAUUUGCAGACGUAUCAAUUUACCUAUAGACAAAUCAGAGCUGCCACACGCAACUUUUCAGCUUCAAAUAAACUUGGGCAGGGCGGUUUUGGUGCUGUUUAUAGGGGUACACUCUCUGAUGGCACUAUAAUUGCUGUGAAGCAGCUUUCUCAGACAUCAAACCAGGGAAACCGUGAGUUUGUGAAUGAAAUUGGGUUGAUGACUGGCAUACAACAUCCGAAUAUUGUAAGGCUGUAUGGAUGUUGUGCGGAAUCCAACCACCUAAUGCUUGUUUAUGAGUACAUGGAAAACAAUUCUCUUGCUCAGGCUCUAUAUGGCCAUGGCAACACUGGUUUGCUACUGGAUUGGCCUACAAGGCAAAACAUUUGUGUGGGGGUUGCCAGAGGCUUGGCAUUCCUGCAUGAGGAAUCCAUCCUCAGAAUGGUUCAUAGAGACAUCAAGGCUGCAAAUGUACUCCUUGAUAGACACCUUACUCCAAAGAUCGCUGAUUUUGGCUUAGCCAAGCUUUUUUCGGAAGACCGCACCCAAGCGCGCACUGCUCCCGCUGGAACUUUAGGAUAUAUGGCGCCUGAAUACGCAUAUACUGGCCAGCUAACCUACAAAGUAGAUGUGUUCAGCUUUGGGGUUCUUGCAAUGGAAAUUGUAACUGGCACGCCCAACGUAUAUCCUCCAGCAGAUGAUCUAGAGUAUUUAACUAUUGUUCAUAGGGCUACUGCUUUGCAACAACAAGAUGAGAGUUUGAUACACUUGGUGGAUUCAAGAUUGGGAUUACAUUUUGAUGCUGAAGAGGCACUGAGAAUGAUCAGAAUCGCUCUGUUAUGCACUAAUAAUAACCCGAAUGAAAGACCUUUGAUGUCAGAAGUAGUGGACUUGCUUCAGGGAAAUAUAAAUCUACAAGAUUAUAGAGUCAGAUCUCCAGAAUCUCCAGAGACUGGCCAUGGUGAGUUCUCUAAUCUUGUGCUCUCUCCAGAGACUUACCAUGGUGAGUUCUGGAAUCUCGUUCUCCGAGAGCACAUUGAAGAAGACAUUUACUUGGAAUGAUACUAGGUGUAUGAUCAGUUAUGUACUUAAAGAGAUGAUUGUUAAGCUUUAUUUUUCAUUGUUUCAUAUUCAGAAGGCCAUGAAGGCUUCUCCUAUAAAUCAAUUGUUUCACUCUUAGAUUUUGAGAUGAUGAUGCAUUGUGCCUUUGUGAUAUGAGAUUUAGUUAUUACUUGAGAUAA